AUGUUCGAUUCAACCAACUUUCUCAUUUCCAUUGUCGGUCUCACAGCCGUCGGGAAAACCAAGCUGAGCGUUUCUAUCGCCAAGUCCCUCAACAGUGAAGUGAUAUCGGAAGAUAGCCUUCAGUGCUACAAGCCCGGGAGCAUUGUGACUGCCAAAGAGCGGGCCACAUCAUAUGGUGGACUAUCUUGA